AUGUUCAAAUUAUCAUUGCCCCUUUCCAAAGUGAACAACAGCAACAGCGAGGAAGGAGUGGCGGUUGAUCGUGGUACUUCUUCUUCUGAUACAACAACAACCACAAAUCAUGAAAAUUCCAACUCCACGUCCGUUCCAAGCAGCACAACAAGUAAUGGCAUUACUAUUCCGCCCGUAUCAUUAUCCAAUUUGAAAACCGUCAUCUCUUCCUCGUCAGACAACAACAAUGACACGUCCUAUGAUGAUGAUGAUGAGGAAGAUAUCAAGGACUAUGAAAUCUUCUCAAAUGGAAAAUCAGCAAGAGGUACAACAACAAACAGUAGCAGUGCCUCCUUCUUUUCUUCCAUUUCAUUUGAUACUGACCCAAUUCCAAUUGAAGCUAUGAGCAAGUUGAUUGGAUCAUCCCCAUCAACAGGCCAAGACGCAACUCUCUACACGAGCAAUAUCAAAUUAUUCGAAUGUUUUGAUGCUACCUCAUCAUCCCACAAGAACUCUUCGGACAAGGUCUGGAAACGAGAGUUUAAAACAAGACCUCUCCAUAGUCUGGUCUCGAGCACAAUAUCAUCAUCCUCUCGCUCCUCACAAUUCAAUACAACUUCGUGCUAUAUUGUUCUCCACCUCUAUCAUCAUUCUCACUUGAACUCGACAACAUCACCACAACAAUCCAACAAACAUGCCUUCCCAUUCGCCACUAUUGACGAAUCAUCGACUCGAGAUGAAACUAACUUUAGACUACUCGAACAACUCUUCACAAUUGGCUCUCUAGAUGGAUCUAAUGGCAUGACAGAUUGUGCCUUCACACCGCGUGGUUUAGAGUAUCCAUUUGCUAGUACCCGAUUAGACUCCUCACAACACAACAAGUACCUCUUCGAUCUCUAUGUAUGGUACGGAAAGGAGUCAAGUGAAUUUGUCAAGAGCAGAACCAUUGAGAGAGCACUCCACUUGGAAUCAUUGUUGCAACAACCUCAUGCUGUAGAGCAGUUAUUCCACUCUGGAAAACCACAAUCAUUUGACGAUUUGGUACUCAAAACAGACGUUCGAAACAGUGUCGCAACCUCUCAGUCACCAGAAACCUCAACUACUGCUUCAUCAUCUGCCACAUUGUCAAGUCUUUCAUCGAGUGCUUUGCGUCAUCAUCUUUUAGCUCGGAUUAAAGCCAUGAUGAGAGGCACAACACAAAAAUCAUCGAGACAUCUUUUUGAAGAGUUGUCACUUCUUUCUCCUGACGAAACAUUUAAUAGCUCAGACGUUGAUAAGCUGGGAAAUCUUCUCCAACUCAGAAAGAGACCAAUGGCUGGAGUAAGUAAGGAUGAAGAACAUGAUUCACUUGAAUCACCACGAAAGAAGGAGCGCACUCAAUUGAGUCCUCUCAACACGCGAGAUGUAGAACAUGUGGAAGAACCAAAAGUACUCAGUGGAAGAGAGCUCGCCAAAGCUUGUCAUUAUGUUUGUUCCAAAAUUACAGAUUUUCUUUUCCUAGGAAGUGCCGCCGUUGCACAGGAUAAGAAAAAGCUCAAUGACCAUGGAAUUACGCACAUCAUCAAUUCUGCUGCUAGUGUUUAUUGUGAUAACUACUUCCCUAAUGAUUUUACAUACUACUCACUAAGUUUAUAUGACGAUCCAAACGAAUCUAUUAUUGGUUCAUUUUAUGGAGUUAUUGAAUUCAUCGAAAAUGCAAUCAAAAAUGGUGGAAAAGUUUUUAUCCAUUGUCAAAUGGGAGUCUCACGAUCUUGCUGCUUGACCAUUUCAUACAUGAUGUGGAAAUAUAAAAUGUCGUUUGCAAGAGCUUUGGACGAUGUAAAACAAAAGAGAGCUUGCUGCUCUCCUAAUGCUGGCUUUUUGGUUCAACUUACACAAUGGGAAACAAUAUUAGGAUUAAACGAGAAGGCUAGAAAGGAACCAAAAUCCUACCUCUACCGUAUUAGUCCUCUGAACAACUUUUAUGCAAUCCACAAGGAGUUGGUACCAAAAUUGUGUCACAAUACGAAAAGUUUGGAUUCAAGAACUUGCUUUUUACUUCAAACCAAGUAUGACCAUUGCUUCUUGUGGAUUGGUUCCAAGAGUGCUGAUGAGUUACGACAGGCUGCCGAGAAAUUUAUUGGAGUUUUAAAGUCAUACUCUCCAAUUGUCAUUAAGGAAUGGAUUCAAAUUCAAGAGGGACAAGAAACCGAAGAAUUCAACCAAGCUAUGGAUACCUUGGAAAUUGAUCCAAGAAGAAUGAACAAUGCUUCUGAAUAUCCAGAUUUAAAGUAUUUGCAAAUGACUCACGAGGAAGCAAUGGAUCUAUUGCGUCAAUUAAGAAAUGUUGACAAAACUGUCGAUUUGGAAGCAGAAAAGGAAUUGAAAGAGUACAAGAAUGGUACCCUUUUCAGCUUUGAUGAUGGAAAAUUCUCUGAAUUUGACUACUUUGACAGUGAGGAUAUUUCUGACGAUAUGUGUUACGUCAUGCUUCCCGAGAAUGAACCAAAAAUUCUUGUCAUGAUUGGCUACGACGUUGACCUUGGAGAUGACAGUGUCGAUGAUAGGGGAGAAGAAAUUGGUGAAUUGUUCAUUGAAUGGAAAAAACUUCCAGAGAGCACGUCGAUUCAAGUUUGUGAAGAAGACGACCCUGAAUUCUUCAGAUACUUUAAGAAUGGAUAA